GGUGGCGAGGUGGCUCGGGUGCCUGGCCCAGUCCUCACCCAGGGCCCACCCCUCAGCCCGCCCCCAGAAUGGGUGGGGUGACCCCUGCAAAAAAAGCUCAGAGUUACCAGCAGCGGCUUCUUCCUCCAAGUGACUGGUGCAGCUGGGGCCAGAGUUGAGGAACAAAGAAUCUUGCUGAGCCCUGCCUGGGCCCUCGCCCUGGGGUCAGGGAGUUUGGAGGACAAGGCUCUGCAGCCCUGAGGAUUCCAGGAGAAGAGACAGGAAAGGCCCCCCUAUCAGUCAUGCCGGCCUGGGGGCCCAGGGCCUCCCUCUCUGCCACUCUUCUCAUGACUCAGAUGUCAUGGCUUCUGCGGCCCUUGGAGAAGUGGGUUUCCCUAGACCUGCCCUGUGCCAUGGCAACCCACUUCCUUCCCACCUGCGCCCUCUUCCUGACCUUGCUCGGCACGGCCCAAGGCACCAGGGGCCCCGUGGUACCCUACCAGCCCUUCACCACCGUCUGGAACGCAAACACCCAGUGGUGCCUGGAGAGGCAUGGCGUGGACGUGGACAUCAGUGUCUUUGAUGUGGUGGCCAACCCGGGGCAGACCUUCCUCGGCCCGGACAUGACCAUUUUCUACAGCUCCCAGCUAGGCACCUACCCCCACUACACGUCUGCGGGGGAGCCCGUCUUUGGCGGCCUGCCCCAGAACGCCAGCCUGGAUGCUCACCUGGCCCGCGCGUACCAGGACAUCCUGGCUGCCAUGCCUGCGUCCGACUUCUCAGGGCUAGCCGUCAUUGACUGGGAGGCCUGGCGCCCACGCUGGGCCUUCAACUGGGACACCAAGGACAUUUAUCGGCAGCGCUCACGAGAACUGGUACAGGGGCAGCACCCCGACUGGCCGGCUCCUUGGGUGGAGGCGGCUGCCCAGAACCAGUUCCAGAGGGCUGCACAGGCCUGGAUGGUAGGCACCCUCAAACUGGGGCAGGCACUGCGACCCCGUGGCCUCUGGGGCUUCUACGGCUUCCCUGACUGCUAUAACUAUGACUUUCUAAGCCUCAAUUACACAGGCGAGUGCCCACCGGGUGUCCGUGCCCAGAACGACCAGCUGGGGUGGCUGUGGGGCCAGAGCCGUGCCCUCUACCCCAGCAUCUACAUCCCUGCGGCGCUGGAGGGCACAGGGAAGACACAGAUGUACGUGCAGCACCGAGUGGGUGAGGCAUUCCGUGUAGCUGUGGGUGCUGGGGACCCCAGCCUGCCGGUGCUGCCCUACGUCCAGAUCUUCUAUGACAUGACGAACCGCUUUCUGCCGCUGGAGGAGCUGGAGCACAGCCUGGGGGAGAGCGCGGCCCAGGGAGCAGCAGGAGCCGUGCUCUGGGUGAGCUGGGAGAACACAAAAACGAAGGAAUCGUGCCAGGCCAUCAAGGAGUACGUGGACACCACGCUGGGGCCCUUCAUCCUGAACGUGACCAGUGGGGCACGUCUGUGCAGUCAAGUCCUGUGCUCGGGCCACGGCCGCUGCGCCCGGCGCCCCGGCCAUCCUGAGGCCCUCCUCGUCCUCAACCCCACCAGUUUCUCCAUUGAACUCACACCAGGUGGCGGGCCCCUGACCCUACGAGGUGCUCUGUCCCUUGAGGAUAGGGAACAGAUGGCAGUGGAGUUCCAGUGUCACUGCUACCCUGGCUGGAGGGGAGCCAGGUGUGAGCAGCAGGGCGCAUGGUGACGGCACACACUUCAUGCGCUCUGGCCCUGGCCAAGGCCUUCUCAAGUAUAGGCACAGCCACACAAGUCACGGUCACAGCCCGGGGCACGCUCAGCCGCCAUCGUGAGCGUGUGCCUGCAUAUGCACGCGUACUUACGGACGGGGAUAGUUACAUAAGGAGCUCGCGUCUCCAUCACCCACCCAGCAGGGUCAGAAGUAGCACCUCCGGUGACACUGACCGCACCUGUCUUUAAACUGCCGCACUCACAAGAACUGACAUUCUCUGAGCACCUACUCUUCACCAGGGCCUGCACUACCUGCAUUUUAAGGAGGCUAAUGCAUUCGGGCCUUACGCGACGCUGAAGACACUGAGCAACACACAGGGAGGGAAAGCCCUUUGCCAAUAGUUGCACACUCAGAAAGUGGCGAAGCUAAGAUUUGAACCCAGUCUGUCUGGCUGUAGAGGUAGAGCCCUUUGGCUCCUACUGUGUUAAUGGUAACCAGCCCUGCACACAACCUGAAUUCGCUCAGAGGCACCAGCCCUGUAAAUAAAGCAGGCAUGAUUCUUACUUCGAAGAGCUGUUUAUUGAGCACCUAAAACGUACAAGCUCCGGGAUCCAAAGGGCACAGGAAAAGCUCCUCUCCCUCGAAUCGGACGUCUGUCCGAGAGCGGCUGCUUCCCAGGGUGGGGCCCAAACGACAAGAGGAAGCCCCACCUGGCCGUUUCCACGCUUGACCGAGGCAGGAGGCCAGCGGGAGCUGAGACAAAGCGGCGCGGGGGCGAGAUCAGUCCGAGCCCAGGGCGAGGCGGAAAAGGAGGCAGCUGGAGGAAGG